AUGACCACCAAAAAAACCAAUAUUGGAGAGUCGAUUGAGGAGGAGGACUUCUCGCACAGUUUGUUCGGACCAGAAGAGAAUGGAAACGUUGUAUCGCUCAUUUCUAAGCUACCAUUACGGUAUGCAGACGAAGCAAUUCCUAUUGAUUCAGGGGAAGAAAAGUGUACCCUGGUCUACAGAAAUAAAAGUCUGCCGGGGAAGCUUAUUUCAAAUAUACAUCCAAGAUUGAAUACGCUCAAUAAGCUAUUUAACAAUAGUGUGCAGUUGUUUGCAGACAGGCCUUGUUUUGGAUACAGAAAGUAUAAUUACGAAACGGGAGUGUCAGACCGUCAGUUUAGCAGUUUUUCGUAUUCUGAGGUGAAUGAAAGAAGAAUGGAUUUCGGUUCGGGCAUUUUGUAUGUCUUGAAAAACAAUCCUUUCAAGUUGAAGGAGUCGAAAUGUCACGCGAAGAUUGGCAACCAUUUGAGAGACUGGCGAAAGUACGGAGAGCCCAGUGAGCAAGAGGACGAGAACUGGUCUUUUAUUGUUUCAAUAUUUUCGGCAAAUCGGUUAGAAUGGGUGUUGAGUGAUUUAGCAUGUGCUGCGUACUCGUUUGGUAAUACCUCGUUGUACGACACACUCGGACCAGAUGCUAUCAGAUAUAUUUUGGAUCUAACUAGGAGUCCUAUAUUAAUUUGCUCUAAAGAGAAGGUCAGAAGAAUCAUAAACAUGAAAAGAGAUUUUCCUGACUUAUUAGGUGAUCUUAUUACAAUAGUUUCUAUGGAUCCAUUAUUUCAUACUUAUGCUAACUCAAGAUUUAAAGAUGAAGAUCAGUCUUUGAUGGAAUUGGCCAGAGCUACAAAUAUCACUCUUUAUGAUUUUGAUCAAGUAGAGAAGUUUGGAAAAUCUUCCCGGAUCAGGGAAUUACCUCCCACUGGUAAUACUUUGAACACCAUUGCAUUCACAUCGGGGACAACUGGUUCCAAACCUAAGGGAGUAGUGUUAACUCAUGAGAAUGCUGCGACUUCUAUUACAUUCCUAGCUAGCGCAAUGCCCCAAGUCAACCCUGGAAGAGCCUUUAUAUUUUUACCGCUAACACACAUUUAUGAAAGAGGAACCACAGGGUUUGCAUUGACUACUGGUUAUUAUUUAGGAUUCCCGCAGUUAACCAUCACCAGUCUGGCACCUGUGAAUUCUUUUGAUAAUUUAAUUGAAGAUUUGCGCCUCUUUAAACCAACCUAUUUAUCAUUGGUUCCACGGAUAUUAACAAAGAUGGAGUCAGUGAUUAAAGCAGCUGUAUCCAGUUCUAAUCCGGAUAUUGCUUCGUCGGUAAAUAAAAUUAUAUCUUAUAAAUUGAAAAAGCAUUGUGAGUUCGAUGGAUCAAAAGGUCUUCAUAAGGAAUACGAUAACUAUGCUCCUUAUAAAGAUCUUAGAUCGAUUGUUGGUUUUGAUAACUUGGUAUGGACACAGACUGCUUCAGCACCAAUAUCUGGUUCAACACUUAGCUAUUUAAGGGCGUCUUUGAACAUCGGCAUAAAGCAACUAUAUGGCUUAACAGAGACAUAUGGAGCCUCGACACAAGGUGGGGCCUAUGAAUGUAAACCAGGUUCAUGUGGAAGUGUCGGGGUAGGGGAGGAAGUCAAGCUAAAAGAGAUUCCUGAAAUGGGGUACUAUGCUAAAGAAAACAAGGGAGAAGUAUUAUUCAGAGGGCCGAUGGUUUUCCACGGAUAUUUUCGAAAUAAAUCUGCGACCGGGGAAUGCUUUGAUAAUGAUGGGUGGUUCCACACUGGUGAUGUUGCGACGAUUGAUCGUGAUACUGGUAGGUUAUUUAUAGUUGAUAGAGUGAAGAAUUUUUUUAAGCUCGCUCAAGGUGAAUAUGUAUCCCCAGAAAAAGUUGAAAACGUAUAUCUCUCAUUUAACCCUAUCCUUUCACAGUUAUUUAUUCACGGAGACCGUCUAAAAUCAUACUUGGUCGGUAUUGCAGGUAUCGAUCACAAUUCUGGAAUGAAAUUCCUUCAUGAUUUUUGUGGAUACAAAAAGUCUUACUUAACUACUACCCAGUUGUUGAUAGAGAUGAACAAAUUUAAAAAUAGACAAAAAUUUUUGUUAAAAAUCAACUCUUCUGUGGGCAAACAACUUCAAGGAUUUGAAAGGUUGCAUAAUAUUCAUAUUGACAUAAAUCCAUUGACUGUUGAAAGAAACGUAGUUACUCCUACUUUCAAAAUAAAAAGAGCAAUCGCGGCGAAAUACUUCAGCGAUAUCUUGACGAGAUUAUAUGAAGAAAACCCUGUGGUUGAAACAAAACCAAAAUUAUAA